UUUAUCGAUUGUCAAACAUAUGAUUUUGUGUUACACUUGUUACAAUGUCGCGUCGUGUUGUGUUAACAGCGAAACAAAAAAUUGCUGUUUUAAACGAUUUAAAGACUUCCAAAGACCGAAAAAUCAUUGCUGCGAAACACAAAGUUAGCUUAAGCAUUAUACCUGUCUUGGUUUCCAAAGCAACGGAAUUUGCCUUAAAAUUAAACGAAAGUUAUGUGCAAGGCCGUAGUUGGUUGCAGCGUUGGUGCCAGCGAAGUGCUCUUAACUUUUCCAAGAUUUACGGAGAAGCUUGUGAAAAUAACGCAACAAGUGCAGAAGUCUUCACUCUUAACCGUUUGCCUCAUAUUCCUGAAAAAUUUUAGCCGGAUUGUGUAUUUAAUGCCGAUGAAACCGGGCUGUACUACAAGGCGUUGCCAAAUGGAAGUUACAAAGGCAAGUAUGAGAAUCCAAAGGGAUUCAAAACUCAAAAGCAACGCCUCACAUUUUUGUUUCUAUGCAAUGCAACGGCAUGUAUAAACGUGCAUAUUGCAUUGGAAAGUCGGCUAAACCACGGUCCUUUAAAGGAAAACAGCUACCGCUGCCAUAUUAUAAUAAUAGAAGUGCUUGGAUGACGAGUUUUAUUUGGAAAAAGAUUCGAAUAGAUCUCAAUCAAAAUCUUGAAAAAGAUAACAAGCAGAUAUGUUUGAUUGUUGAUAAUGCUCCUUGCCCCAAUACAGAUGAGAAAUUCUCAAACAUUACGAUUGAGUUUUUGCUGCCAAAUACAACUGCCCUUAUACAGCCACUUGAUCAAGGUAUCAUCCACUCAUUUAAAAUGGAAUAUCGACAAAUCCUAAUAAAAAAACAAAUUUGUGCGUUGGAGAAGGGCCUAUCUAUAGUUGAAUUCCUGAAAUCGCUCACUAUUUUGGAUGGUAUCAAAUAUGCAAAUCGCGCUUGGAACUUUGUUAAGCAGCAAACAAUUAGGAAUUGUUUCGAAAAGACAAGCAUUGACAACAUUGAAUUCAUUACAGAUGAGAUUGCAACCACUGAAGGCGAAAACUAUGAAUGGUGCACACUUCAGAACGAAUACAUUUAAUGCGAUAAUGAACUUGUCUGCUUUGGAACCAUGUCGGACGAGGAUAUUGUUGCGCACGUAUUGGCAGACAAUGAAAUUCUAUUGAAGAUGAGGAAGUGUUCGCGGAAUCAGAUACUUGUAUUAAACACCCCUCAACGAAAAAUGCCUUGCUAAGCUUAGAUUCGCUGCGUGACUAUUUUUUCCAUAACAAUAUAGAUCCCUUAGAGGCUUUUGAAGAUAUUGAAAAUUUAAUCCUAGAGAGUUCUGAAAAACAGAAAUGCCAGAAGAAAAUAACAGAUUUUUAAAGUAAAUUUUGACAAUUUUCAAACUGAAUGAAUUGACUGAAGUGAAAUAUAAUUUUUAGUUAAACUGAAUAAAUUUAUAUAUUCUAUUUCUUUCAAAAAAUUUCAAACCCACUAAAAUAAACCCCUAUCCCAUUCAUCUCUAGUAGACACAUAUGUGAUGUAAGUCGACACCACAUUCAUCCAUAGGAUCAAGCCAACCGCCUAUCAUAACAAAUAGAAUUAACUUAAACAAAGAAUAUUAAAAUCAACAAUAGCCAAUUUGCAAAGUCAUCAUAAAAUCUAUUGGAAUACAAUUACAAGAAGAACUUGAUCACGCAACAAGAAAUGCCACAGCCAUUUUUUUGCAUGAUCAGCAUUAUAAUACUAUAAGAACUAAAAUUAAGAGAU